AUGUCCAUCCUCACAAUAUUGUUUCUCCUUAUUUCUGCAGCAACAGAAGCUCAAACAAGAUCAUCCAACAUCACCUUAGGCUCUUCCAUCACUCCCACCUCCAACUCCUCCUGGCUUUCCCCCUCCGGCGUCUUCGCCUUCGGAUUCUUCCCUCAACAUGUCAAUGGCUACGCUGUCGGCAUCUUUCUUCCCGACAAAACCGUCAUCUGGACAGCAAACAGGAACAACAAUCCUACUGUCCCUGACGACGUCGUUUCCCUCCUACUAUCUACCGACGGCAGGCUAAUCCUGCGCCGGACGCAAGGCCAAGAUAAUCAUCUGGCAGAGCUUCGACCACCCGACCAACACCCUCCUCCCCGGCCAGCGACUACCAUGCCGGGGAAAGUGCUCUUCUCCAGCGCCUCCGAGACCGACCAUGGGAGAGGGAUAUUCAAGCUGUCGAUGCAGGGCGAUGGAAACCUUGUUCUGUAUCCUGUCGAUUCACCGAGUACAUCGGCUUACGCUUACUAUUCAACACUCACAAUCGGAGUAGGUGGAAACGUCUCUCUUAACCUCGAAAGCGACGGCCGUCUUUAUCUGCUCAACGGUAGCUUGCCUCUGUGGAAUAUAUGCAAUGGUGGAUUCCCUACACAUGGAUACAUCAAUCUCAUGAGGCUCGAUGUCGGAGGAAUCUUCCGCAUCUACUCUCUCUCUCUCGGUGAUCUCACCAUGGCCAGGAGUUGGUCAUCUACGGAAGACGUCUGUGUUCCCAAAGGUAUCUGCGGAGUCAACGCCUUCUGUAUUCUUCAGAAUACUGCGCCGGAAUGUCAGUGUCUUCCCGGUUUUGUCUCUGUUCAGUCCGGCAACAACACAGCUGGCUGUUCUAGAAACUUCCUAGCACAGGGCUGUGCCAAAAUUGAUGAUAGACUGAAAUACGAAAUGAGAAGGGUCGAAAACUCAGAAUGGGAGGAUAACUCGUAUGAGAUUUUGGAAAUGAUGAGUGAAGAAGAGUGCAGCAAAGCAUGCCUCGAUGACUGCAACUGCGAAGCAGCCUUCUUUCGAGACAGCCAAUGCAGCAAACAGAGGCUUCCGUUAAGAUAUGGAAGAAGGUCUCUGGAUAGCUCGAACGUGGCUCUCGUUCGCUUCAGUACAACCGUGGUACCCGACAUGGGAGGCAAUUCUGAUACUAAAAUCAUCACCAAGAAAGAGCCGCAUAUGGACAUCCUCAUCAUUGGCAUUGUGCUUAUGUCAAUAGGCGUGUUGGCCUUGUUAAUUUCUGUGUUCUUCGCUCACAAGAAACGGAAGGACUACAACAAGAUUACUAACGAAGAUGGUGCUAACUUUGCGGAGGGCAUUUCGCUGAAAUUGUUCACAUUUGAGCAUUUGUCCGAAGCAACAAACGGCUUCAAGGAAAAGCUGGGGAGAGGAGCGUCUGGCACGGUGUUCAAAGGGGUUCUGCAGAAUGGCCAGAAAAUGGUGGCAGUGAAGAGGUUGGAGAAGGAAUACACACAAGGAGAGAUAGAGUUCCAGACAGAGCUGAAGACGAUUGGAAAGAUGUAUCACCGGAACCUAGUCCGACUCCUAGGUUACUGCUUCAAUAAAGACAACAAAUCGUUGGUGUUUGAGUACAUGAGCAACGGAUCCCUAGCUGAUAUACUUUUCAAUCAAGAGAAACAGCCAAGCUGGGAGGAACGGAUGGAAAUCGCUCGUGAUAUAUCUAGAGGGAUACUGUAUCUGCACGAAGAGUGUGAGACGCAGAUCAUUCACUGCGAUAUAAAGCCUCAGAACAUACUCAUGGAUAGGAACUGGUGCGCUAAGAUAUCAGACUUUGGGCUAGCAAAGCUUCUAAAUCAAGAUCAGACUAAUACAAUUACUGGGAUAAGAGGCACUAAGGGCUAUGUAGCACCAGAGUGGUACCAUAAGCAGGCGAUCACAGUGAAAGCAGAUGUUUAUAGCUUCGGUGUGAUGCUGUUGGAGAUCGUAUGCUGUAGGAAGUGUGUUGAUUGGAGCAGGAGUGAGGAUGAGGCCAUUCUUGAGGAAUGGGUAUACGACUGUUAUGCAACGGGGAAGAUUGGGAGUCUGGUGGAUGACGAAAUGGUGGAAGAGAAGAACGUGGAGAGGAUGGUGAAGAUAGGGAUAUGGUGUGUGCAAUAUGAUCCAUCACUGCGUCCAACUAUGAAGGAAGUUCUACUAAUGUUGGAGGGAACUAAACAGAAGAACUACAACAGGAUCAAUAAGGACGAUGGAGCUAACUUAGUCGAGGGCAUUUCACUUCAAGCAUUCACAUUCGAGCAUCUGGCCGAAGCAACAAAGGGCUUCAAGGAAGAGGUGGGGAGAGGAGCAUCCGGCACAGUGUUCAAAGGGGUUCUGCAGCAUGGCCAGAAAAUGGUGGCAGUGCAGAGACUGAAGAAAGAAGUCACACAAGGAGAGAGAGAGUUCCAGACAGAGCUGAAGACGAUUGGGAAGAUGUAUCACUGA